GAGAGGCUGAAACUCACAUAUGAGGCGAAGAGUGAACUUCUGGAGUCUCAGUUGAUGCUUCUGAGGAAGGACUUAGUUGAAUAUCAGCAAAACUGUGAGGAUCUUAAGGAAAGACUGAAGCAUAAAGAUUCUCUUCUGGCUACUGGAGUGUCCAGCCGAGUAGGUGGCCUCUGUUUGAAAUGUGCCCAGCAUGAGGCUGUUCUUUCCCAGACCCAUAGCAACGUGCAUAUCCAGGCCAUCGAGACAAUGACUAAAGAACGGGAUGACUUAAUGUCUGCACUAGUGUCUGUGCGGAGCAGCUUGGCAGAAGUGCAGCAGAGAGAGACAAGUGCCUAUAAACAGGUGAAGCAUGCUGUGCAGAUGACCGAGGAAGCCAACUUUGAGAAGACCAAGGCUUUGAUCCAGUGUGAGCAGCUGAAGAGUGAGCUGGACAGGCAGACAGAAAGACUGGAAAAGGAGCUUGCUGCUCAGCAAGAGAAACGGGCUUUGGAGAAGGAGAUGAUAAAGAAAGAAGUAACCAAGGAGAGGGAAGAUGCAGAGUCAAAGAUGUUGAUCCUGUCUCAGAAUAUUGCCAAGCUGGAGGCCCAGGUAGAAACUGUUACAAGGGAAAAGAUUUCAGCUGUCAAUCAACUAGAAGAAAUUCAGAACCAGCUUGCUUCUCAAGAAGUGGAUGUCAGAAAGGUGUGUGGAGAAAUGCGAUUUCAGCUGAAUAAAACGAAAAUGGAGAAGGAGGAGGCAGAAAAGGAGCACAGAGAAUACAAAGCAAAAUCUCAAAAGGAUCUUGAAAUGAAAGAUCAGGAAAUAGAGAAAUUGAGACUAGAACUGAGCGAGAGCAAGCAGCACGUGGAGCAAGAACAGCAGAAGGCAGCCCGGGCCAGAGAGGAGUGCCUGCAAGUGACAGAGCUGCUGGGCGAAUCCGAGCGCCAACUGCACCUCACCAGAGUUUUGACGUUUGCUGAAGUACAAGAAUACAGCCACUGCUGGCAGUACCCAGGCACUGGCAACACUCACUCGGUUCAUCCCAAAAUGUGGAAAACACCAUGCCAUCUGCUAAGACUGGAAAAAGAUAGCAUUCAGCAAAGCCUCAGUAAUGAAGCAAAGGCCCAAGCCCUUCAGGCCCAGCAGAGAGAGCAGGAGCUGACACAGAAGAUAGAGCAAAUGGAGGCCCAGCACGACAAAACUGAAAAUGAACAGUAUUUGUUGCUGACAUCCCAGAAUACGUUUCUGACAAAGCUAAAGGAAGAGUGCUGCACGUUAGCCAAGAAGCUGGAGAAAAUGUCACAAAAAAGCAGGUCAGAAAUAGUUCGACUCAGUCAAGAGAAAAUGUAUAUGUGUGACAAGCUGGAGAAGAUACAGAAGAGAAAUGAUGAAUUGGAGGAACAGUGCAUCCAGCACGGGAGAGUGCAUGAGUCGAUGAAGGAAAGUUAGAUUGACAUCCACAGUGUAAUCUGGACCCUGGAAGAUACAGUCCUGGAGGGGAAAACCAAGAGAAGCGUGGCCAACAGACACAGAAGACACAGGAAAGGUCGAGAACACACACCUGGGACAGCUUCCUGCCUCCUUCCAUCAGAAACAGGAGGCGAGUUUGGAAGAGAAGAGCAGUGGCUUUAUUUGGAGAGAGCUGUCUGGUGGAGCACAUAUGUGCACCAUAAAUCCAGAUCUCACUGUCGCUUCACAUUUUUCAUGUCAGCAUCUGAUCAUCAACUUCCCAACGUUCCAGCAUCCCUUGCAAAUAAUUUCGUUUCGGAAACUUUCUAUCGAGAGCUAAUUUUUAGCGAAAGGCUCAUGGAAAGAAACCUCUGACAAUUAUAGCAGCAUUAAACCAGGUUCCAGAUAUGUGAUGACGGCUUUGCUGGUGUGUGCUUGUAUGUAUAAUGCAUUCAAGUACAUAGGCCAUGUCCUGCUAGCUUAUAAAGAAUUCUGCCUUAAUCCUUAACUACGGUGUGAACAGCAUCUAGCACACAUGUUAAAUGAACAUAUUCAAACAUGGGUGCUUGACCCUAUAGCUCUCUAGAAUUAGGGAGCACACAUGGAUGUUUGGUAAAGAUGUUGUUUUUUGUUUGGUUGGUUUGGGUGUUUUUGGUUUUUGUUGUCUUUGGUGUUUUGUACUAGGAAAUUUUCUUGUCAAAUGCUUUAAGUUUCAUCAGAUGACCAUGUGGCAGAUGUGUGCAGACACCAGAGCCAGGAUUUUUCAAGAAAUUUGCCAUUUUAUCCUAUCUUUACCUUGUUAUUUUCAUUAUUAGCAUUGCGGGCUUAAGAGAUAGACCUAGGCCAACCUUCAGCACGUGCUUCAUCAGCAGGAACCAAGACAUCGACAGUGUCUCUUAGCCUCCUAAAAUGAGCAUGAUGUUGGCAUUGGUGAUCUGUAAUGUUAAGACUGAAACUGGUUUUGCAUAGGGAAGGGUUCAGUACACAGCUGAGCACUGUGGCCCACAACUGUAGCCCUGGUUAGUUGGAAGGCCGAAGCAGGAGGAUUGCUUGAACCCAGGAACAACAUAGACCCUGUUGGGAAAAGAAAAGAAGAAUAAAGAGAAACAGAGAGUC